AUGCCCGACGAACAAAGGCUGUCUUUACUAGCAGGCAACAAAGACGUGGACAUCGAUCCUGAGCAGGAAGUUGGAGGCCCCUCGACGAUCCAUGAAACAGCACAAGACCAAAGCCCAGAUGGAUCGCCAGACCCAGAAGAUAUAGAAAUAGCUCGCUGGGGAGCCUUGCAUCCCAAGACAUGGAAAGAUUCCGUAAAGAGGUUUUUUGUUGCUUGGGUUAAUGGACCUGCUCAUCCUCGUGAUGACCCUCCUAGACCGAUUGGAAAGCUUAGACAGAUUGAGCUUCUUCCGGAUCGGUUUCGCUUAAAGGUGUCUCCAAGUGUGCGUUACAUUGUGUUUAUGAUUUAUAUGUUGGUGUGGAUCGCCAUUUGGUCUAGAGUGUUGCUUCCUUACUUUACUGAGAUGCCUGAGGUGGCUGGUGAUCCUGAUGCUACGGUUAUCUCACUUACAUGUUCUGAUUCAUAUGAUUUCUGGAAGGGAAAGAACGCGGCGUGUGGGCUUGAUGCCAAACUGUGCCCAAAGCUUCAUCAGGAUAAAGAUGUCAUUAUAAGGUGCCCUGCUUUGUGUGAUCGCGGUAGCUGGCUCUACUCGCUGAGAGCUGUGGGAGACCAGAUGGUUAAAUAUAGAGGAUUGUUUGUUGGAGGCGGUAAGAAGGAUAAGGGCGACGAUGGGACUAUCACUUAUCCGUAUAGAGCUGAUUCUUUCCCUUGUGGUGCUGGCGUCCACGCGGGUAUCAUCUCUCCGUUUUAUGGUGGUUGUGCUCGUGCUUCUUUUGCAAGUGGACCACAAACAUCGUUUCCAGCGACGAAGGGUAAGUAUGGCGUGUCAGACUCCAUCCAGUUCAGCUCGUUCUUCCCUACUUCAUAUGUGUUUCAGGAACUUGAGGCUUCUGUCUCGCAUUGCAAAGAUCCUAGACUUGUUGUGCUCAUCAUGAACAUUAUUCUUGGUCUACCUAUAGUUGUUUUGGGCUCGUCUGCGGUUUUUGUAUGGACUAUUACUUCUGUUGGGUUUUGGACGAUUUCUUUGGCUACAGAUCCGCCGAAACUUGUGAAUCCAGCAUACCUGGAAACUUUUUAUGAGUUGAUUUCGCUCAGUUUGGGGAGAUUUUUGCCAACCUGUUUUGUCAUGUACUUCUUGUGGAAGGUAAGUAUCAAGCGUACUUUCAGCAAACCCCAAGAGACUAUUCACGAAGAGGAGUAUUCUCCAGGCUUAACGCCUUCUAGUUCUCCAAUGUCAAGAAUUAUUUUCUGGUACCCAUUCUUCUGGCUUGGAGUACUCAACAAUAUUACAUUUGAUAGAUUACCUGUCGACAGACUUACGUGGAAAGACUUGCAGGCUCAGCCUGGAGCUCUUCUAACUGUGUCUGUAUUCGCCGUCAUUAUCAUUGUUUGUGUGGUCACCCAAGCAUACUCUGUAUGGCUUUCUGGAAGAUUCAACAAGCUCAUUAAAAUCUACAUCAUGAUGUUUGCCUCGUUGUUUGCCAUUGCAUGGAUACCUGGUCUCACUCUUCGUAUUCACCAUUACAUCUUUGCUUUGAUGUUUAUCCCCGGCUGUUCCACAAGAGGGCGGACUGCCUACGUUUUCCAAGGACUUUUGCUCGGACUAUUCCUUUCAGGAGUUGCUCGUUGGGGCUAUGCUUCGAUUGCCGAGACCAACUUAUCUCUUUUACGUGGCGAACCAGCUGGCAGGGUCACUCCACCAACGAUAUUUGAUGUUAACGCCACCGAGGGAAGAAUCUACUGGGAAGACAGUUUUGACGCUAAAAAGAAGCCUAUUGAUGAAAAAGUGUUGCUUAAAGAGCUCACCAAGUAUUCUGAGGUAUCUCUUUUGAUCAAUGAUGUUGAGCGUUACCGUGGCAAAAACGAAGGUAGCUUGAACAUCACAGAGCUCGUUGAAAACAACAAGUACUUGAACGAUCUCGUUAGCUUGUCUAUGCUGCAAGAAACCACACCAAGUGACGUUGAUCUUUAUUUGCGAAUUGCAAGGUACGAUCCUAACGGCAAACGCCACGGAGACUUCACCAAAGCUUACAUCCUACAAUACCCUAGCUUUAACCUUACCAAGGCCGCUGCUGGAGUGACUUAA